AUGGAGACCCAGGCCUCCCGCCCUCGUCCUUUGUUCCGUUUACCUACAAUAUUAGCUCGCCCAACCGCCCCUGUUGAUCCAAUCCCGAACCCUGCCCCUGCUCCAGAGCCACGCCCACCAAUGGUUAGGCCUGCAUCAAUAAGGCCACUGGCCGGGACGUUUCAACAACCUCAAUCUCAAGAACCCACCCCACGACCAUCUGCGGUUGUUAGUCCCGCAGCCAGAGGUACUGCCCCGCUAGCACCAGAACCUCCGAAAACCAUUGAGCCUAUUGUUCAAACCUUACCUCAAUCCCCUAAGCCCAAGCCCACGGCUCCACCACCAUCUGCUUUGACCAUUUUGCCUUCCCAAUUGAAGUCGCUGGGUGAGCUUGAGCAGAAGAUCCAAAUGGAGGUCCAGCAGAAAGAUGUGGUGGUUCGGAUCAAGACCAUUGGAAAGGAAGAAGUUUCAAAAGAAAAUGAAACCAAUAAGAUGGUGAAAAGUAGUUGCAAAAAUAUUUCGAAUUUAGAGAAAGUGGGUAUGAGGGUUAUAACAAUUGCAGGAGAAAACAAAGGCGCCUUCAUGAAACUAAUCCAGUCCUCAAAGAAACAUGAAGUUGUUCACAAGAAUAAAAAUCCCAAGACAAAAAGCCAUGCCAAUGACAGGCAAAGCACUAGUAGCGAUGAGGCCGUGGGGAAUCUGAAGAAGAAUAAAAGUCAUAAAGGAAAAGUGCCAAGUUCAAUGCCCAUGAAGGCAUUCGUGAACAGCAAUGUGCAGAGCAUUAACAACUCCAUCCUCUACAGUUGUUCAUGCACUCACCAUGAUCCUGGGGUGCACCUUGCUCUCUCUAGAAACUAA